AUGUCGCGCUCGAGCGCGGCGGUGAUGACGCCCGAGAGCGCGGCGGCGGCGCUGGCGUGGCGACGACACGCCGAGAGCGCGCACGCGCUCGAUGCGGCGACGACGUUGGCGCGUUUGGGCGUCCUGGAUGUGCGAAACGGACUGGACGCGAACGACGUGACGCGCCGACGAGAGGCGUGCGGGGCGAACGCGCUGCCGGAAGCGCCGGGACAGUCGUUCGCGUCGUUGGUGCUGAAGCAGUUCGAUGACGCGAUGGUGAAGGUGUUGAUGGCGGCGGCGUGCGUGUCGCUCGGCUUGGCGCUGUGGGACGGCGAACGAGGAACGAACGCGUGGCUCGAACCGGGGGUGAUCGUCGCCAUCUUAAUCGCGAACGCGAGCGUGGGGGUGGCGACGGAGCGGAACGCAGAAAGGGCGAUCGAGGAAUUGAGAAAGUACGAGGCGGAGGUGGCGACGUGCGUGCGGGACGGGGCGCGACGAGCGGUGAACGCGGAGGAGCUCGUCCCGGGCGACGUCGUGGAGAUCGCGACUGGGGAGAAGGUGCCGGCGGACUGUCGAAUCGUGAAGAUACACUCGAAUGUAUUACGGUGCGAUCAGGCGCUGUUGACGGGGGAGAGCGGGAGUGUGGCGAAGACGGAGCGGGCGGUGUCGAUGGGGGGUGAGUGCGUUUUGCAGGAUAAGACGUGCAUGGUGUACAGCGGGACCACGGUCACGGUGGGGAAGGCCACGUGCGUGGUCGUCGGGACCGGGAGUAACACCGCGAUCGGUAAGAUUCAGCACACUCUGGAGGAGACGGAGGAGGAGCUGACGCCGUUGAAGAAGAAAUUGGACGAGCUCGGAAACUUGCUUGGAAAGAUCAUCGCCGUCAUCUGCAUCUUGGUGUGGGUGGUAAACAUCGGACACUUUGCCGAUAAGGCGCACGGCGGGUUCAUUCGAGGGGCGGUGUAUUACUUCAAGAUCGCCGUCGCCCUGGCGGUGGCGGCGAUUCCGGAGGGUUUGCCUGCAGUCGUCACCACGUGUCUCGCGUUGGGCACGCGCCGCAUGGCAAAGAAGAACGCUUUGGUUCGAACGCUACCGAGCGUGGAGACCCUCGGGUGCACGUCGGUGAUAUGUACCGAUAAAACGGGCACUCUGACGUGCAACGUCAUGACGGUCAUGCGAAUGUGUGUCGUAGAAAAUCCUGGCACGGCAGAGGUGAGCAGUUUCGCCAUUCGAGGCGAGGCGUUUGCACAACGAGGAGAAGUUCUAGACUCGCGCGGAUUGGUCGUGAACGAGCCAGCCAGCGCUGCGGCGAUCGCUCACAUCGCGAUUUGUAGCUCUCUGUGCAACGAAUCGUCGCUGAGAUACGACAAGAAGGAUGGGAAUUUCCAGAAGAUUGGCGAAGCGACUGAGAUUGCGCUCCGGGUGCUCACCGAGAAAAUCGGUCUUCCAUCGAGGGUAGAGGGCGAAAUGAGGGAUGGGGAGAACGACAUGCGGUGUACUGAUCACUGGGAGAGAGCGUACACGAAGCUCGCGACGGCUGAGUUCACGAGCGAGCGGAAGCGUAUGUCGACUCUGUGCUCUGGUCCAAACGGCGAAAGCGUUCUCUUCGUCAAGGGAGCGCCUGAAAAUAUCCUAGCGAUCUGCACGUCAGUUUUGUCAAAUCGAAACGGUCGCGUGGAGAGGAUGUCUGAUGGUGUCAGGGAGGUGAUGUUGGCACAAAUUAAUAGUUAUGCCGACGACGCUCUUCGCGUAUUAGCCCUGGCAAUGCGUCCGGUUCGUCGUGGACAGGAAACGUGCUCUGAGGACGACGAAAGUGACCUCACGUUCAUCGGCAUCGUCGGUAUGAUCGAUCCUCCUCGACCAGAGGUCAAAUAUUCGUUACAGACGUGCAAGGACUCCGGCAUUCGCGUCAUCAUGGUCACUGGCGACAACAAACAUACCGCCGAGGCGAUUGCGUCUCAAAUCGGACUCAAUGACGCAAUCGACCCGUUCACCGGUGAUGCCGCACCGAACGGCUUCAAGGGGCGCUCGUUCACGGGCGCAGAGUUCGAGGCGAUGAGUGUUGAGCAGAGAGAGGAGGCCGCACGAGUGAUGUGCGUGUUCUCGCGGGUCGAACCAACGCAGAAGAGUAAGCUUGUCGAGAUCCUGAAACGCCAAUCAAAUAUCGUCGCCAUGACGGGCGACGGAGUGAAUGACGCGCCGGCGCUCAAAUGCGCGGAUAUUGGUAUCGCCAUGGGUAGCGGCACCGCCGUAGCGAAGGGAGCAUCCGACAUGGUGCUCGCAGACGACAACUUCAGCAGCAUUGUCGAAGCCGUCGCCGAGGGGAGGGCGAUUUACAACAACACGAAACAAUUCAUUCGCUAUAUGGUGAGCUCGAACAUCGGUGAAGUCGUUUGCAUUUUCAUUGCAGCUGCGCUCGGGUUUCCGGAAACUCUCGUACCGGUGCAACUACUGUGGGUCAACCUUGUCACGGAUGGAUUGCCCGCCACGGCUCUCGGGUUCAACCGCGCAGAUGUAGACAUCAUGCAUCAGCGACCGAGAAGCCCGCAUGAACAAAUCGUCGAUCGAUGGUUGUUGAUUAGAUACGUCAUCAUUGGCUUCUACGUGGGCAUGGCCACUGUCGGAUCGUUCGGAUGGUGGUUCAUGACGUAUGAGGGUGGUCCACGACUUACAUGGGCUCAGCUCACGAGUGGAUCCAACUGCAUCGGUGAUGCGUGUGAAACGUUCAAAGAUCGACAUCCCAGCACGAUGGCAAUGUCAACACUCGUCUUGAUUGAGAUGUUCAACGCUCUGAACUCUCUGAGCGAGAACAAGUCUCUGCUCACGCACCCGCCGACAACGAACGUGUGGCUCCUCUUCUCCAUCGUCUUCAGCAUGGGUCUCCACUUCAUCAUCAUGUACGUCCCAUCCUUCGCCAAGACGUUCACGAUCACGGCUCUGAAUUACGAUGAGUGGAUGGCUGUGUUUUGGUUCUCCAUUCCCGUCAUAUUCAUCGACGAGUUCUUGAAGUAUAUCACUCGCUCGCAUCGCACCGCCAUAACGUUAUGGCUUAAGCGGGGCAGACGUAAGGGCGAUCUUCUCCCUCGAUCGCGAAGCUCUUCGAGGGCUAACAAGCUCUAG